GCGCGCAUGUCCGGCCCCGCCCGGUAAAUUCCGGCGGGCCGGGCCGGGCCGGGACCACCAGCCCCGCACCUGCUGCUCCCGCCAUGGCCGCGGACCUCGAGCCCGGCCGCCGCCGCCGCUGCUGCGCGCAGGACACGCCCGGUGAGCUGAGGGGGGCACCAGGGGGGUCCCCCGUCCCCGGGCACCACCGGGUCACCCCCUUCCCGACCCCCACACCGGGUACCGAGCGGGGAUUCCCCGCCGGGUACCGGGUACCGGUGGGGUCCCCCCUCCUGAGCAUCCCUGGGUACCGCCCUGGGAGCUCUGUGACCCCCUGCGGGGUCUGGGGACCGAGGUGACACGCAGCACUCGGCUGUCCCGCCGCGCUGAGCCCGGGCGGGGUGUGGGGAUGUGGCCCCAGGGUGACUCCUGCAGCUCCCGCAGAUGCUCCCAAGGUCCCGGAUUCCCGCGGUGACAGCGACGGCCCCCGCCGGGGCUCCCUCUGCGACCGGCACUGCGCUGCCAUCUACAACGUGCAGGGGGACCUGGGCGACCUGGGCUGCCACCUGCACCGUCCCCGUGUCCCCCCAGGUAGGCCGGCUGUGGGAUUGGCCGGGUAUGGGGCCCUGGGGGUCCCACAGCCGCUGUGACACCCCCUGUGUGUCACCCGCAGCCACGUCCACCCCGAACUGCUGCCAGCAGCACUCGGAGGAGGUGUGCGAGAGCUGCGUGGUGAAAACCACCCUGACGGCCGAGAACGCCGUGGAGGCCAACAAGCUCUCCAACAACUACAAGUUUGGCUUCAAGAAAUGGAAGAGCCACGUGACGGCGCGGCCCUGGGAGGACCGGUCCGAGAUUGUCAAGGAGCUCUACUCUGACCUCAAUGUCAUCCGAGCCUCUGGAGGGUCCACGCUGACGUGUGGGAAUGUCCUUUACCUGCUGCUCUUUGGCUGGUGGCUCUCGCUCCUCUACGUCCUCGUGGCUGCCGUGAUGUUCAUCACCGUCAUGGGGGCUCCUUAUGGGAGGCUCUGCUGGGACCUGGCUGGGUACUUCCUCUGGCCCUUUGGCAAAGUGAUCCAGAAAGUGGAGGUCCCCAAAUCCCAUCAGGCGUGUGAGACCGGCGUGGGGGAGAGCUCAGCCCUGCUCGGGGGUGCCACACCGCUCCGCUGGCGCCCAGGGUGCUGGCUGGGCACCGGAUACUGGCACCGUGCCAGCACCGCGGUGUGGCUGUGCCUGGGCUUCCCGCUGCUGGCGCUGGCCCACGGGCUCGUGUGUGUCACCGCGUGGCUCCUCAUCGUCCUCAUCCCUGUGGCCAAGCUGAGCGCCCGCGCCACCUCCCGCGUCCUGCCGCUGCCCCCGGAGCGCGUGCUCAUCCGGCGCCUGAGGAUGACAGAGGUGCCUCUGGAGGGAGAGGUGAUUCUCUGCUGUUACCGCGCCGCCAACCCCUACUACUACAAAUACGCCGUGGACGGCAUCAACGUCUUCGCCGUCAACCUGCUGCCCCUGGUGCUGGUGACGCUGGUGCUGGGUUACGUGGACAGCCCCAACCAUCUGACCGGCUCCGCCGUCAAGUUCACCUUGGCCCUGCUCUCCAUCAUGCCCCUCUCCUACUACAUCGGCAUGGCCAUCGCCAGCAUCUCGGCCCAGAGCAAUUUCGCGGUGGGAGCUGUGGUGAACGCCACGUUUGGCUCCAUCACCGAGCUGACCUUCUACAUCACCGCCCUCAUCAAGGGCUCGCGUGAGGGCAACCGCUGCUACGCCGAGGUGGUCAAGUCGGCGUUGACAGGGACGCUGGUGGGCUGUGUCCUCUUUGUGCCGGGUCUGUGCAUGGUCAUCGGGGGUAUCCGGCACCAGGAGCAGCGGUUCAACAGCCGCUCUGCGGGCGUCAGCUCGGCCCUGCUCUUCCUCUCCGUGGGAGGUGUCUUUGCCCCAACGCUCUUCUCCAAGGUGUACGGGAAGCUGGUCUGCGGCGAGUGCCACAACGUCACCCAGAACCCGCUGGGCCACUACCUCUGCCACAACUGUCACUUUGACCUGAUGGACAACAACGGCACCCUCUACUACAGCCACGUCCAACCCCUGGUGUACACAGUGUCCAUCCUGCUCCCUGCUGCCUACCUCAUCGGGCUCUUCUUCACCCUCAAAACCCACACACACAUCUACGACAUCCACAUCAGCGACUGUCACAGUAAGUGUCCCCAAAUGUCCCGGCUGCAAGGCUGGCUCUUGUCACUGCUCUGGAGCGUCCCACACGUCUCUGCUCUCUCGCCAGUGCCUGGCCACCACCACAGUGCUGUGGUGCACUGGUCCCGCUGGCGGGCCCUGGUCAUCCUCCUGCUCUCCACGCUCUGCAUGUCGGCCUGUGCUGACCUGGCCACGGAGCACAUCAGCCCCAUCCUCACCAACUCCACCAUCUCACAGUACUUCAUCGGUGUCACUGUGCUGGCAAUGGUGCCCGAGCUGCCAGAGAUUGUCAAUGGCAUCCAGUUUGCUCUGCAGAACAAUCUGAGCUUGAGCAUCGAGAUCGGGAACUGCAUCGCGGUGCAGGUCUGCAUGCUCCAGAUCCCCAUCCUGGUGCUCUUCACCAUCUUCUACCCAACCAACUUCACGCUCGUCUUCAGCGACCUCCACGUCUACGCCAGCAUGUUCAGCGUGGUGCUCAUGAACUACAUCUUCAUGGAUGGCAAAUGUGACUAUUUCCAAGGUGACCGCCUCGCACAGGGUGCUGUGGCACUUGGAGCAUCCCUGUAUUCCCUGGGAUGUGGGGAUGGGGGGCUCCUGGGCCCAACCCUGGGGUCAUCUGCUUUUUGGGGCUUUUGGCGUGUGGUGACCUGAGCGAUCCUGGGGUCUUGGUUGACCAUUUUGGAGCUGUUCCCCUACAGCAGCUCCAAGGAGAUCACUCCCAUUUCCCCCUUCAAAAGGUUUUAAACUCCCUUUUAAUGGACAUUUUGUAGAGAACCAUAGAAGUCGUCUGCAGGGAGCUAAUCCAGACCACACCAGGUCUAAACCGGUGUCCCUCCUCGCUCCAGGGAGUAACUCACUCCACCCCUCUCUGUCUGCCCCAGGCACGGUGCUGGUGAUGGUUUACUUCAUCCUCCUGGCCGUGUAUUUCUUCGCCCCGUCGCCCAGCGGCUGCUGAGGUUUGGAUUCUCCUGUCUCCAGCCCCUCGUUGGGAUCAGCACCCAUCAAGACCUUUUCCAGUGUCUCAGGGACUUGGCCGGGCUGGCUCCGGUCUGGAAGCGCCGUUUCCUGAAGCUCCUGCUGCUGCUGGGCUCCCCCCGUGGGGCUUCAGGGAUGGGAAGGGUGGUGGCAGCGGGGUGGCUCCCAAAAUGAGGAGCCUCAAAGCCAGAGCGCGUCACACAGGCAUCUCCAGCCCACACUCGAGUGGCUGGAAGGAAAACUGUCCUUAGAGGAGGGUCUUGAAGGGGAUUUCUGUGUGUCUCGAGGACAGACCCCUCCUGGGGACGUGCUGCACGGGGAGAAGGUGCCUGAGAAGUUCCUCAUCCUCCCAGGCCUGGGAAGGGCCUGGGAAUCGCACACGGGGAUGUUUGAUGGCACCAGAAAUGCACCCAAAGCUAUUUUCAGCUGUUUUGUCAUUAAAGCAGUUUUGUACAAAUCAUAAACAAGUUUGUUUCUCCUUAAAUGAGCCUCAGGCACCAGCCUGGGCCCCUCUGUGGCCACCAUUUCCUGUCCUCUGUCACCUCAGCUUUCUGCAUGACCCUCCCAAAGCUCCAGCUCAUCUCCAGCCUGGUCUUCUCUGACUGUCUUUGGUCCUCCUGGCUUUGAGGGCUGUCCCAGACCCCUGAGAAGGUUCAGGGGACGCUCCU